AUGGCUACCUUUGCGAAAGCCGACUUCUCCUACACCUCGUACGCCAAACUCCGCCCGAGCUAUCCGGAAUCUCUCUAUGGCCUCAUCUUCUCCUACCACCAAGGGCCCAGGGUCCUAUGCACCGACCUUGGAUGUGGACCGGGCAUCGUGACGCGCGCCAUAUCCAACAAUUUCGACAAGGUCAUCGGCGUUGACCCUUCGCCAGGAAUGAUCGAGCAAGCGCGCGACGGGACCGACUCAUACGUGUACCCGAAUGUAUCCUUCCAAAGCGGACCGGCCGAAGAGCUGCCCUUCUUUGGCGACAGCAGUGUCGAUGCCGUAGUGUCCGGUCAGGCGGCGCACUGGUUUACUUAUCCGCAAACGUGGGCAUCGCUGGCCCGCGUCCUUCGCAAGGGCGGCACGGUCGCGUUCUGGACCUACGGCAACCCCUUCUUCGUAAAUCACCCCAAGGCGACGGAGAUCAUCACCGAGUGGUCUACCAACACUGCUGAUCCGGAAAAGCUGGGCCAAUACUGGACGCAGCCCGGCCGCAGCAUUGUCGAGCAGCUCUACCGCCCCAUCCAGCCGAGCGAGGAGUUCUUCGAAGAUAUCAGGCGCUACGAGUACGUGCCGGAUACGAAGGGACCCGGAAGCGGAAAAGGAGAGGAGGCGAUCCGGCUGUACCGCAAGGCAACGGUGGCGCAGUGGAGGGAGUACUUCAGGACGUGGAGCGCGUGGCACGGCUGGUACGAGGCUCACCCGGAGGCCAAACCGCGCAAGGAAGGCGGUACGGGCGAUGUGAUGGACCGCAUGUUUGACGAGAUCAGCGCAGCCGAGGGAUGGGAGAGCGACGAUCUGGAGGUGGAGUUGGAGUGGGGAACUGGUCUCGUCCUGGCGCGGAGGAGGUGA